UGUCAGGUUUCUAGGUGCUGCUUUUUUGUCUUUUCCUUUUGCAAGAAAGCUUGGCUUCAUUAUCAAAAUGUUGCAAUGGAUGGGAGGAUCCAGGCGGAAAGUUGCAACGUCAAGGAAAUCCACACAUAACAGGCAAAAGCAGUAUUUCGAACAAAGAAAAAGACGACAACAGCUGACAUCUGGUUUAGAGAAUUGUCAUGAUGCGGUCGACACAGGCAGGGAACAAAAAGAGCAUCGGUCAUUGGAUAUUCUUAGUUUGCUAAAUUUAUCAAUAAUUCCUCAAGAGAACAAAACUGCUUACACCAUUGAGGCUAGUACUUCAACAGGGCAGUCUCAUUUCAUGACAGACCCAGAACCAACACUUUAUAACAUAGAGACAGUAGAGAAGUCUGCUGAGUUUGAAAAUAAACGAGCUCCAUCGGGCUACAAAGGAGAGACUUUAUCUCCGAUGAAAAAUGUAAAUAAUGAUCCUGAUAAUCAUUAUAACACUAAGAACGAAGUAGAUUCUCGAUCAGAUUUGGGGAUGACAGCUGUUGAGCAAAAUCUGUCUAUAUUCGAUUUGCUUGGAGAUGAGGGAAUGGUUGGCAAUUCAGUAGGAAGUCCAAUGAAAGAAGCUCAUGUCGCAUUUUCAGUCGAAGGUUUGGGCAGAGUAGGAAUGGAAACACCAGCAUGCUCCCCACAGCAUACCGGCAGAAGCUUUUCUUAUGGAUUCUCACCUCGUAAAAAAAGUAUGCAGCCCUGGAACUCCUCAGAGAACAUUAAGAUGUUGGAUGACCUUGAACUUGAAGGAGAUAUAAUCAUGCGGGAUAUCAAAAAGCACAGUGAUGACGGUUUGUUAAAUUAUUCCUUGGGCAUGAUGGAUGCAUGUGAUAACCCAAAGAAGUCACAUGCGAAGAUCAGCUUCCAUUCUAUUGAAGAUUGCAAAAGAAAUAAACAUUAUGGGGGCAAAAGUAUCUUUGAUGGAACGGAUGGAGGAAGAGAUAGAUUGGAUGGUGGAUUUAGGUUCUUAAACGACGACUUUCUUGGGGAGAUGGAAUGUGAUUUCUUUGAGAAGAAUCAUUUUGAUGAAAUUGACAGCAAUUCAUCUGACUUUAUGAAGUAUGGGAAGUAUGAUAUAUCAGCAAAUGCAUUUGACGGUCCCUAUCUUCCCAAAAAGAGAGGUGUGAGUGCUGCAGGAACAAUGGACAAAUUCAAUUUAUUUGAUCCGGUUAAGUCAAGAUCGAAGCAUCACACUUUUGGAUAUGACUGUGACUCGAUGUUGGAUACAAAAAGGAACUCGAAAACAAGGAUUUCUGAUUUCGAAGACAAAUCACUCCAGCCAGAUUGGUUUUGCCCUAUGGCAGACGAUGCUACAGACAACUUCAGCUUGUUGAGUGAAGAGUCUUGUUCAUCCAGUGCAGUUAGGUGUGAGGCAUUCAAUAGCACAACAUUAGACUCGAAUCUGAGGCAGAGCAUGAGAAGAGGCAGAGAUGAUGAUUAUGGCCCUGGGAAUAGUUUAAAUCAAGGAGAUGAUGCAAAUGAGCCAGGAAAAUAUGCGCGAAAAUCAAAUUCGUCAAAGUUCAAGCCAGUCCAUCACUCAAAACUUCCUUCAAUGGAAAAUUUACGGCCAUUUAAAAACUGGUCAUUUGAGAAAGAAUGCAACCUGAGCUCUCUGUGUCAAAAUCCAGCACCAGAUCGUCCAUUCAGAGGUCCCAUGCCUUGGAAUGGAGAUCCCUUCUCUGAGUCUGCUCUUCCUGAACUCUCCUUCACCGGCAAACAUGGUGAAACUGUUCCUCGUCCUUCUAGCAGUUCAGUCUCCAAAAUUUAUUCUUUUGAACCAUCAAAUAUGGAGUCUGGGGCACUGGGGCGCGACCUAUAUUCAAAUUCAAAAUUGGUAGGCACGAAUAGAACCAUGACAGAAGCUACUAGUUCUCAUGGGGAAGCCGCAAUUUCUCCUGUACUAUCAGCUCAGGGAAGCGUCGGCACUGGCGAAAAAAGUGAAUCAAAAGUUCCAUCAUUAGGAAGUGAAAAGGUUGAUUUCCAGGAAGAAAAAUGCACUAAAAGCAAGGAUGCCUGUGUAGACGACAGAGACACAGAGUUUUUGGAUGAUGAUUCAAACUAUGAGAAGAAGAAGAAGAAUUGCGAUAGCAUCAGAAAUGAAACAGAAAAUGAAUCUCUGGCCGAGAAGAAUCUGGAGACCUCGCAUUAUUCUGACCAUACAGAUAAGAAAAUCGGUGACAAAACCAGGAGUGCCAAUGAGUACAAAUUUAAACACGAUGAUAAAGUUUGUGUUCCAUGUGAAGGAGAAAAGGAAGCAGAAGAUUUAAGGGGGGAAGGAAGAAAAAGGAGGAGCAAAAGUUGCAGCAUCGGCUCAUCCUCACAGGUGAUGAUGCUUGAAAGUUAUGUGCUUCAGCUUCUCUUCGUGCAGAAGGUACUAAGGCAAGCAUCUUCACAUGAUUUUAUGAAAAAUGCAUGAAAUUAAACUCCUUACUCAUUUGAUGAUGCAUUGGAAUUGGGAAAGGGAAACCAUUUUAGAUUCUUGCUCUGCUUUUGCUGCAAAGGUGGAGGGUUUGUUCGAAUAUUACGUGCUUGCCCUUAAAACUAUUCUGUAUUCUGUGGCCUGGAUGGACAACUUGGAAAAGGAAUAGAAUAGACAAGUUACAAAAUAAAUAAAUAAAUUG